AUGGAUGAGCAGCAGAAGAAACUCAAUCAGCGGCAGGAGGGGCGGCCCCGCAAAGUCAGGUUCAAAAUCUCCUCCUCCUACAGCGGCCGGGUGCUGAAGCAGGUCUUUGAGGAUGGGCAGGAGCUGGAGCCCCCAGCCAAGGAGCGCACUCGGCGCUUUCUCCGGCACAGCUUCGAGCCGGCAGACCGCUGCUGUGGGGCUGGGGAGAUGGCAGAGAGCAGGUUCUACCCACCAACCAAGAUGACUGCCCAGCGCAUCAGCAUCUUCAAGGAGGAUAAGAAAUACAGCCUGGCCAGCAGCUCCCCUCUCCUCAGCAACUGCCAGGCAGGGGACAGUCACUGCAGGGCUUCCCCAAUUGUAGAUUUUGGCAAGAUCAUCAUCUACACUAGCAACCUGAAAAUCAUCCGUGCACCCAUGGACCAGAAAGAGCUGAUGAGGAGAGUCAUCCAGACUGAGGGAGUGAGUGACUGGGCCUUCGUGUACCACGAAAGGAAAGAAAGGCUUGGUGGUGGACAUAAAAAAGAAGUGGACACGAAGGCUGCCUGCAACCAGUAUGUGCAGGCCAGACCUGCUGGAGGUGGCUGCUCCCAGUGUAAGGGGUCAGGCUGUGCCCCAUGCUCACUGUGCCAUGGCAGCAAGUUUUCAAUGCUGGCAAACAGGUUCAGAGAGUCCUACCGGGCUCUGCGGUGCCCAGCUUGCAAUGAAAGUGGGCUGCAGCCCUGCCAGAUCUGUGCUGCCUGACCAGAGCCAUCCCCCUGCUGCAGGCUACAGGCACCACCGGGAUGGUUUGUUGCAAACGUGGAGUUAUUCACUUUUGAGCAGCCUGGACACCAGGACAAAUGUUUAAAAGAUGGGAGAGGCACCUAAAUGUGAACACUGCAGCAGUCCCCUCGUCCACUGCAGUUUUGCUUUGGGUCAGCCCAGACCCAGCUAGCUGCAGAGGCACCAGGGACCUCCUGGCACCGGAGGAAACAUCAGCAUUCAGAAGCGAAGGAGCUGCAACCCAUGUCUCGGCUGGAAUCCUCCGGCUCUGCCCCUCAGUCAGCACCUUAGCGCCUGGCACAGCCGGGUCCUGCCACACUGGGCACUUGAGUACCAUCACUAAAAGCAGCAGAAAUUGGUGCUGUUGGGUCGUGUUGGUAAUGUGUGGGUGUAAAGUCUGUCUGCAUGACAAAUACCUCCCCUAGGUCUGGACUUGCUGAUGGGUUUUAACUGGCUCUGUCUUCUGCAGUUAACUCCGUGCUGGCCCCGCAGUGUCACAGGCAGCUCCUGGAGACUACACAGACUCUGGCACCCGCUCUUGUGGACACAGAGACUCCUUUGGGGGAUGAUUUAGGGGAAGAAAUGGAAACCUUUUUGCAAACCUUUUUGGAGCUGUAAAACUGUACAGUAAUUCAUUAUUACAAACAGAAGUUAUUAAGUUUUCAGCCUGCUUACGAGGAGCUGCUGAACUAAAAUUCCCCUGUCCCACACUCAGCACUUUUCAGGAUCAGGCUGGUGCUGAGCAGAACUUUUGUUGCCUAAUAUUAAUCCCAUGUUGUAAUCUGCAGUAGGUAAACUCUAAUUAGCUGAGGUGAAGCAAUGAUGUGGGAUCUUUGCUGGCUGCCACUGGUGGCACAGAACAUGGAGGGGCCUCCAGAGGUGGAAACAGACAGGGGAAAUGGUGGGGGGUUUUUUUUCCACCCAAAGCAUUGACUUCUAAUACUCACAAAUCAUGUUAGUGCAGCCUUCAUCUGCAUGUUGCCUCUGAGACUCUGAGUGAAGAGGCUGCUCAGGGGUGCCUCAUGUUGAAGUUGCAGACCUGGACUGAGUAAUUAAUGGCUGAGUUUCUGUUUCCCUGUGAUAGGUUGUGAGAUUUCUCUGCAAUACUUCAAUGGUCAGAAACGUCUCCUAUCGAAUCGUUCAGUGGGUACUGGGCUCAGGCUGGUUUGGGGUUUUGCUGUUGCUCUUUUUAACAAACAAACAAAAAAGCCCAAGCACAUAAAUCUGCAGGAGAUACUUAAUUGGUUUCAUUUAUCCUAUCAGAUUCUGUGACAAAAACAAACAAGGUCCUUGGGAUAUUCACUGGGGAGGGAGAUGAGCCCUCACAAAUCAGAAAUCGCGGUCAAGUGGAUUUCUUCCCCCAGAUUUAACUUCCUCCAUCUCACAGCUGGGCUUGUUUCAACAUUUUCUGGCUUAAGAUUAGAAACAAGCAAGCAGGUGGAGUAAUGUUGCCUGAUAGUUUCUUGUUUAUGAUAGAACUGGAGGCAAAGCUGCGUUUAUAAAAUCAAUAUUUAUUGGGUUUGGGCAAUUAUUGUGUUUCUCAACCACUCUUGCUGCUGCUGCUGGCUGUGUCAGCUGUUUCUGCUCCUCCCAGCAGGGCACAGUGAGGAGCUGUGUUCUUCUCUGAGUCUGGAACCUCAGAGGCCUGGGCACUGCAGGGCUUGCCCAUGUGCAGCAUCAGGGGUGGCUUCUGAGGACCGUGCUCAGAGCAGUGCUGGCUGGGUUUGCUCCCCCCACUUCAGGUGCACUCAUUUUGUUGUUGGCAAUGCACUGGUUUGAUUUACCCAAUAAAUGCUAGCCUGUUUCACAUGGAAAA